CUAUACUCUUCCUUCACUCUUUACUCACUAAACGUCAGUCUUAUCUCUAUUAUUUUACGUCGACCGUCACGACCUGCCGGGCCACGUCUUCCCCUCGCUACAUCCUGCGGUAGCCAUGAGCGCUACGCUCCUCGCGAGUCGUGCGGACACCAUCGCGCUGAGAAGAAUUGGACUGCUUUCGAGACGGCUUUACAGUUCUAACUCCCCUAUAUCAUCAAGAGUUGCUUCUAUACAGUUAGCCAAUUACAAUCAUCGCAAACCCAUCCCUCAAUGCCUUGCGUCUCGUGCCUUCUUCGAACCUCGAUAUUCACUUCGACACAAUUCCACUGCAACAUUAAAGGAGCAUGGAUUUGCCCGGAGGUUCCGAAUUAAGAAUAUAGUCGUCAAGACUUUUGCAUACUGCGGCUUCUUCAUUAUCAUGAGCAGUGCGGCCGUGAUAGCAUUCUUUAUUUACGAUGCGACUACAUACCGCGAGUCCUCAAGCGCUGAGGAUAUCCCAGUCUCGGAGUUAGCGCUCAAUCCUCGUCGCGGAGGUCCGAAAAACUUGCCAAUUGCAGAAGUGCUUAUUGGUGAUGAUGAUUCCGAGGCAAUGCAGGCACAGAAGGAUAAGCCGCGGCUUGUUAUUUUAGGUACGGGCUGGGGUAGUAUCGCGCUGCUCAAGGAGCUUAACCCUGGUGAUUACCAUGUCACCGUGGUGUCUCCGACGAAUUAUUUCCUGUUCACGCCUAUGCUACCUUCGGCGACUGUUGGAACGCUUGGGUUGAGGUCGCUUGUUGAGCCAGUCCGCCGUAUCGUUCAGCGAGUCCAUGGGCACUUCCUCAAGGGUGAGGCAGUCGAUGUCGACUUCUCGGAGAAACUGGUCGAGAUUACUCAGAUAAACCACAAAGGGGAGAAGGAACAAUUCUACCUCCCGUACGACAAGCUUGUGAUUGGCGUCGGUUGCGUUACGAAUCCCCAUGGUGUAAAAGGCCUUGAGCACUGCCAUUUCCUGAAAUCUAUUGAUGAUGCCCGCCGUAUAAAAAACCAAGUACUGGAUAACAUGGAACUCGCAUGCUUACCAACCACUACUGACGAGGAGCGGAAACGCCUGCUGUCCUUUGUUGUCUGCGGUGGUGGGCCAACUGGUGUCGAAUUUGCUUCUGAACUCUUUGACCUUCUGAACGAGGAUCUGCUCUAUUCGUUUCCGAAGAUAUUAAGAAACGAGAUUUCUGUGCAUAUUAUUCAGAGCCGCAGUCACAUUUUAAACACAUACGAUGAAGCUCUCUCAAAAUUCGCAGAGUCUCGCUUCGCGCGUGAUGACGUUGAUGUUUUGACAAACGCUAGGGUUAAGGAAGUCCGUGAAGAUAAAGUCGUUUUUACCCAACUAGAAGACGGAAAGACGGUAACAAAAGAGAUUCCUAUGGGGUUCUGUCUAUGGUCUACCGGCGUGGGACGCAGUGAUUUCUGUUCAAGACUGUCAGACAAGCUCGAGGCCCAAAACAACAAGCACGCCCUAGAAACAGACUCACACCUCCGCCUCAUCGGAGCUCCUCUGGGCGAUGUAUACGCCAUAGGUGAUUGUGCCACAGUUCAAAACAAGGUCGCCGACCACAUCGUCUCCUUCCUUCGCACCAUUGCCUGGGAAAAAGGCAAAGACCCACAGAAAGUGCACCUUACCUUCCGCGAGUGGCGCGAUGUCGCCGCCCGUGUCAAGAAGCGCUUCCCUCAAGCCUCCAACCACCUCCGCCGCCUAGACAGGCUCUUCGAACAAUAUGACAAAGACCAUUCAGGCACCCUUGACUUUGAAGAACUCUCCGAACUUCUCCACCAAAUUGACACGAAACUCACCUCUCUCCCCGCCACCGCCCAACGCGCAAACCAACAGGGCCAAUACCUCGGCCGCAAACUCACUAAGAUCGCAGCUGCCAUGCCCGGCAUGCAAGCCAACCAAAUCGACUACGGUGACCUUGACGAAGCUGUCUAUAAGGCCUUUAAUUACAAACAUCUCGGAAGCUUGGCGUACAUUAGCAACGCCGCCAUCUUUGACUUUGGUGGUUUGAACUUCGGCGGUGGCGUCCUGGCUAUGUAUCUCUGGCGUAGUGUUUACUUUGCCGAGAGUGUUAGUCUGCGGACGCGGGUCAUGCUGGCCAUGGACUGGGCUAAGAGAGCGCUUUUCGGAAGAGUGUACUGUAGUAUGGGAAUGCAAUCAGCUAUCAGUCAUAGACUUUGUCAGAGUUCAUAUUAG